CCGAAGAGGAAGGGGCUGCGGUGGCCACCGCGGCGCAGCCAGAGAUCUUUUGACAACCACUAAUCAUUCUGAUUCCUGUAACUGAGGAAACCAAAGUUCCAUUUUGUAAAUUCUUAGCUUCAUCAAUAAAAUAAUUCAGAAAUGGACUCUGAAGAAAGUUCAAGGGCCAUUUUAUUAGUUUGGGAGAAAAACAACAGGGCAGUUCUUUUGCCAAGAAAAUGGUUUGCCCAGUCCUGAGCACCUACUGUCCUUUCUGAUGGGACAAGAUCCAAUAUGAAUGUAAGUGAUGGAGGAAGACGACGCUUUGAAGAUAAUGAACACACAUUACGAAUAUAUCCUGGGACAAUUUCAGAAGGAACAAUUUACUGUCCAAUUCCUGCCAGAAAAAAUUCCACCGCUGCUGAGGUGAUUGACUCUCUUAUAAACAGACUUCACCUAGACAAGACAAAAUGCUACGUUUUAGCAGAGGUAAAGGAAUUUGGUGGAGAAGAAUGGAUACUCAAUCCAACCGACUGUCCAGUUCAACGAAUGAUGUUGUGGCCCCGAAUGGCUUUGGAAAAUCGCUUGAGUGGAGAAGACUACCGCUUUCUUCUCAGAGAAAAAAACCUUGAUGGAUCAAUUCAUUAUGGUAGCCUCCAGUCAUGGCUACGGGUAACCGAAGAACGACGCAGGAUGAUGGAGCGAGGUUUUCUUCCACAGCCUCAACAGAAAGACUUUGAUGAUUUAUGUAGCUUGCCUGAUUUGAAUGAGAAAACUCUAUUAGAAAACCUACGGAAUCGCUUUAAGCAUGAAAAAAUUUAUACUUAUGUCGGCAGUAUUCUAAUAGCUAUUAACCCAUUCAAAUUUCUUCCUAUUUAUAACCCCAAAUAUGUCAAAAUGUAUGAUAACCACCAGUUGGGAAAACUGGAACCCCACAUAUAUGCUGUGGCAGAUGUAGCUUAUCAUGCUAUGCUUCAGCGCAAAAAGAAUCAGUGUAUUGUGAUUUCAGGAGAGAGUGGUUCUGGGAAGACUCAAAGCACAAACUUUCUUAUUCACCACCUUACUGCCCUCAGUCAGAAAGGGUUUGCUAGUGGAGUAGAACAGAUUAUUCUUGGAGCUGGACCAGUACUUGAGGCCUUUGGAAAUGCAAAGACAGCACAUAAUAACAAUUCAAGUCGAUUUGGCAAGUUUAUUCAAGUAAAUUACCAAGAAACAGGCACUGUACUCGGGGCCUAUGUUGAAAAAUAUCUUCUGGAAAAAUCUAGACUUGUUUAUCAAGAGCAUAAUGAACGGAACUAUCAUGUAUUCUAUUACCUCCUCGCAGGAGCCAGUGAAGAGGAGAGGUUAGCAUUCCACCUUAAACAGCCCGAGGAAUAUCAUUUUCUCAACCAGAUAACAAAGAAACCCCUCAGACAGAGCUGGGAUGAUUAUUGCUAUGAUUCUGAGCCGGAUUGCUUCACAGUGGAGGGAGAAGAUCUGAGGCAUGAUUUUGAACGCUUACAAUUGGCCAUGGAAAUGGUAGGAUUUCUUCCCAAGACACGAAGACAGAUUUUCUCUCUUCUCUCAGCAAUACUACAUUUGGGUAAUAUCUCAUAUAAAAAGAAGACCUAUCGCGAUGACUCUAUUGAUAUCUGUAAUCCUGAAGUACUGCCCAUUGUCUCAGAAUUAUUAGAAGUUAAAGAAGAGAUGCUAUUUGAAGCACUAGUUACAAGGAAGACAGUGACAGUGGGAGAAAAACUUAUUUUACCAUAUAAACUGGCAGAGGCUGUGACGGUGAGAAACUCCAUGGCUAAGUCUUUAUAUAGUGCUCUGUUUGACUGGAUAGUGUUUCGUAUUAAUCAUGCACUCCUGAAUAGUAAAGAUUUGGAACAAGAUACUAAGACUUUGUCCAUUGGUGUUCUUGAUAUUUUUGGGUUUGAAGAUUAUGAAAACAAUAGUUUUGAACAGUUCUGUAUUAAUUUUGCUAAUGAACGUUUACAGCACUACUUUAAUCAGCAUAUCUUUAAGUUGGAGCAAGAGGAAUAUAGAACUGAAGGUAUAAGUUGGCACAACAUAGAUUAUAUUGAUAACACUUGUUGUAUAAAUCUUAUUAGCAAAAAACCAACAGGACUUCUCCAUCUUUUGGAUGAAGAAAGCAACUUUCCACAGGCUACAAAUCAAACGUUACUUGACAAGUUUAAACAUCAACAUGAAGAGAAUUCUUACAUUGAAUUUCCAGCUGUGAUGGAGCCUGCUUUUAUCAUAAAACAUUAUGCUGGAAAAGUAAAAUAUGGAGUAAAGGAUUUUCGGGAAAAAAAUACAGAUCAUAUGCGUCCAGACAUUGUGGCUCUUUUGAGAAGUAGCAGGAACGCUUUUGUUUCUGGGAUGACUGGCAUUGAUCCUGUAGCUGUUUUCCGAUGGGCAGUUCUCCGAGCAUUUUUCAGAGCUGUAGUUGCUUUCAGGGAAGCUGGGAAAAGACACAUUCAAAGAAAAAGUGGACAUGAUGAUACAACACCGUGUGGGAUUUUGAAAAGUAUGGAUAGUUUUAGCUUUCUCCAACACCCAGUUCAUCAGAGGAGCUUAGAGAUUCUACAGAGGUGCAAGGAAGAGAAGUACAGUAUAACCCGAAAAAACCCAAGAACACCUCUUUCUGAUCUUCAAGGCAUGAACACUCUAAAUGAAAAAAAUCAACAUGAUACAUUUGAUAUUGCCUGGAAUGUCAGAUCUGGCAUUCGACAAAGUAGACUACCAACUAGCAAUACUUCCUUGUUUGAUAAAGAUGGGAUAUUUGCUAAUUCAGCAAGCAGCAAACUCCUGGAAAGAGCUCAUGGAAUUCUCACGAGAAACAGAAAUUUCAGGUCAAAACCUGUUCUUCCAAAGCACUUGCUGGAGGUAAAUUCUUUGAAGCAUCUGACAAGAUUGACCCUUCAAGAUCGAAUUACCAAAUCUCUUCUUCAUUUACACAAGAAGAAGAAACCUCCCAGUAUCAGCGCCCAGUUUCAGGCCUCCUUAAGCAAGCUGAUGGAGACACUUGGUCAAGCAGAACCAUAUUUUGUAAAAUGCAUUCGUUCAAAUGCUGAAAAGCUGCCCUUAAGAUUCAGUGAUGCCUUGGUACUAAGACAACUUCGGUACACUGGGAUGCUGGAAACAGUUAGAAUUCGCCAAUCUGGAUAUAGCUCCAAAUAUUCUUUCCAGGAUUUUGUGAGCCACUUUCAUGUACUGCUUCCUCAACAUAUUAUCCCAUCUAAAUUUAAUAUUCAAGAUUUCUUCAGAAAAAUAAAUAUUAAUCCUGAUAAUUAUCAAGUUGGAAAAACCAUGGUUUUCCUAAAGGAGCAUGAGCGACAGCACUUACAAGAUCUGCUUCAUCAGGAAGUGCUUCGCAGAAUCGUCCUGUUGCAGCGCUGGUUUCGGGUCCUGCUCUCUAGGCAGCAGUUCCUUCAUUUGAGACAGGCGUCUGUUAUUAUUCAGCGAUUCUGGAGGAAUUACCUAAAUCAGAAGCAAGUGAGAAAUGCAGCUGUGGAGAAAGAUGCUUUCAUAAUGGCUAGUGCAGCUUCCCUUCUUCAAGCGUCCUGGCGUGCUCACUUAGAGAGGCAGCGGUACUUGGAGUUACGAGCUGCAGCUGUCAUUAUCCAGCAGAGAUGGAGGGAACUCUAUAGGUGUAGACACAGGGCUGCUACCUGUAUACAGUCAAGAUGGAGGGGCUAUAGACAAAGGAAGACAUACACAGAACAGAGGAAUAAAAUUAUCCUGUUACAGUCAGUGUAUAGAGGAUUCAGAGCACGGCAAAGAUAUAAAGCUUUAAAAGAGGAAAGGCCAACAGAAACAAAACUAGAGCAUGGACUGGUACAUAUCAAGGCAUGUGGACCUCUUGAAAUCCAGGGUUCAGACCCUUCUGAGUGGGAGGAUCGUUCCUUUGUCAACAGAGUGAAAGCCAUAGAAGAAGGCAAAUCUGUGAUAGAGAGUAAUCGAAUCAGCCGUGAGAGUUCAGUGGACUUCUCAAAGGAGUCUCCAGACAAGCAGCAGGAGAGAGGCAGAAGCCAGAGUGGUGCAGACUUAGAGGGAGACGUGAUUGUAAGACAGAGGCCCAAGUCCUUGGAGGAUCUACAUCAGAAAAAAGUAGGUCGGGCUAAAAGAGAAAGUCGGAGAAUGAGAGAAUUAGAACAAGCUAUCUUUAGCUUAGAAUUGCUGAAAGUCCGUUCUCUUGGUGGCAUGUCGCCUUCAGAGGAACGCAGAUGGUCUACAGAGCUGAUGUCUGAAGGCCUUCAGUCUCCACAGGGCACACCGGACAGUGAGAGCUCUCAAGGGAGCUUAGAGCUUUUGACCUGCGAUGAGAACCAAAAGAGCAAACCAGAGUCCCUCAUUCUAGAGGAGGGAGAACUGAAAAUCUCACCGCCCAAUACACUUACCAGUCCAAAAUCACAAGACCAUGCCCUCGGUGCCUCAGAUGAGACAAGCUCUGCAUUAGCUGGAAAAGGAGCGUCCGAGCAUUUGAAGAAUGAGACUGCAAAGGGAAAGCUUGUCUAUAGUUCUGAACCUAUUACUUGUAAACCCCAGCUGAGGGACUCUUUUGUUUCAAGCAGUCUGCCUACGUUUUUUUAUAUUCCUUAUCAAGAGCCUCUGAAAACAAGUUCCCAACUUGACACAAGUAUCCAAAGAAACAAACUACCAGAAAGAGAAGCCACUUUGAAGACAGCUCUUACUCUGGAUAUUAACAGAGAAGGCAGGAAGUGUCAAUUUUCAGGAGAUCAGGUGACUCCUUUGUAUACGGAUUCUUCAUGUACCGUGCUUAAGAAGUUAGAAAAGCUGAAUAUUGAAAAAGAGAAAAGGCAAAAGCAGUUACAGCAACAGAAUGAAAAAGAAAUGAUGGAACAGAUUCGUCAGCAGACAGAUAUUUUAGAGAAGGAACGCAAGGCCUUCAAGACAAUUGAACAGUCACGAACUGAGGCUUCUGUCUUAGCACCAUCCUUUUAUCAGCCAAGACAGAGAGUAGAGAGGCCAUGUUCUCUGCAUAUCCAGAAUACUCCAGGUAAAGGAGAAGCUGGUGUACUAGCUUCCCCAUCAGCAGUCACUAGAAGAGACGCAGCUCUUGCCACAAAAGACAGCCCCUCCAUUCAUGUACCCCCAAAAGACCGACCUGUCACCCUGUUCUUUGAAAGAAAAGGAAGCCCAUGCCAAUCUAGAGCUGUCAAGGAAUCAUCGAAGACAGAAAGAAUGAGCGCCCAACGUGAUGCUGCCUCUAAACUCUCCAGUAACCGCAGUACGGAAAGAGAACACUUGGAGUCAGCUCACUCUCCCAGCCACAGAUCUGAUGACCCUUCCAGAGAGGGAACUUCCAGAGCCAUUUUCUUCACACCAAAAGACAAUAGGACUGCUCCCCUUGUACACGGUGGAAAUCCUCAAGUCCACAAACAAGAUGAACCAUCGUGGAAACCUAAGUCAGCAGGGCCGGGGCAACAAGAGCAGGUUGCCAGACCGGCCCAUAAAAAGAAAGCUCGAAUGGCGCGGACGCGCUCCGAUUUCUUGACUAGAGGUACUUUUGCCGAUGGGGAGGGGGAUACAGAGGAAGAUGAUUACGAUGACAUUAUUGAGCCCCUUCUCUCCCUUGACCAAGCUUCUCACUCUGAGCUAGGGCCUGUAUCCAGCCUGGGUCAGGCCUCUCACAGUGACUCCGAAAUGACGUCACAACGAUUUUCUUCAGUUGAUGAACAAGCAAAGCUCCAUAAGGCUAUGUCUCAAGGAGAGAUUACAAAAUUGGCAGUAAGACAGAAGUCUUCAGAUUUGGACAUAAGACCCCAGAGAGCGAAGAUGAGAUUCUGGGCCAAAGGGAAACAAGGAGAGAAGAAGACUACUAGAGUAAAGCCUGUUCCCCACGCGGAGGUCUCGUCACUCUUUGCUGGCUCAGAUGUGACACCUGCUCAUCCAGUUUCUGAUGAAUUAACUCAGUACCACCCAACACCUCCUUUGAGUCCGGAACUGCCUGGGAGUUGUCGAAAAGAGUUCAAGGAGAAUAAGGAACCUUCUCCAAAGGCAAAGCGCAAGAGAGGUGUGAAAAUCAGCAGUGUGGCCUUGGACUCUGUGCAUUGGCAAAAUGACUCUGUCCAAAUCAUAACAAGUGCCAACGACUUAAAAAGUAUGGAUGAGUUUCUUCUGAAAAAGAUGAAUGACCUAGAUAAUGAAGACAGCAAGAAGGAUACAUUAGUGGAUGUCGUAUUUAAAAAAGCCCUGAAAGAAUUUCGGCAGAAUAUCUUCAGCUCUUAUUCAUCUGCAUUGGCGAUGGAUGAUGGGAAAAGCAUCCGCUAUAAAGACUUGUAUGCGCUAUUCGAACAGAUUCUAGAAAAGACCAUGAGGUUUGAGCAGCGUGAUUGGAAUGAAUCUCCAGUGAGAGUUUGGGUUAACACUUUUAAGGUGUUUUUAGAUGAAUACAUGAAUGAGUUCAAGACUUUGGAUAGCACAGCCCCAAAGGUGCUUAAAACAGAAAGAAAGAAAAGGAGGAAAAAGGAAACUGAUUUGGUGGAAGAGCACAAUGGCCACAUCUUUAAGGCUACCCAGUAUAGCAUCCCUACAUACUGUGAAUACUGUUCUUCCUUGAUAUGGAUAAUGGACAGAGCCUCUGUUUGCAAAUUGUGUAAGUACGCUUGCCAUAAGAAGUGCUGUCUGAAAACCACAGCCAAGUGUUCUAAGAAGUAUGAUCCAGAGCUGUCAUCUCGGCAGUUUGGGGUGGAGCUGUCCCGUCUGACAAGUGAAGACCGAGCUGUUCCUUUAGUGGUGGAGAAGCUCAUCAACUACAUUGAGAUGCACGGGCUUUACACCGAAGGCAUUUACCGGAAGUCUGGGUCAACUAAUAAAAUCAAGGAGCUGCGGCAAGGCCUAGAUACAGAUGCUGAGAGUGUGAACCUAGAUGACUAUAACAUACAUGUCAUUGCAAGUGUAUUCAAACAAUGGCUUCGUGAUCUGCCCAAUCCACUCAUGACUUUUGAACUCUAUGAAGAAUUCCUUCGAGCUAUGGGCCUUCAGGAAAGAAAGGAGACAAUCCGUGGUGUGUACUCCGUAAUUGAUCAGCUCUCCCGAACUCAUCUCAAUACACUGGAACGCCUUAUCUUUCAUCUAGUUAGGAUUGCGCUACAGGAAGACACUAAUCGAAUGUCUGCUAAUGCCUUGGCCAUCGUGUUUGCACCUUGCAUUCUCCGUUGCCCUGACACUACUGACCCACUACAAAGUGUACAAGAUAUCAGUAAGACUACCACAUGUGUGGAGCUGAUAGUUGUAGAACAAAUGAAUAAAUAUAAGGCUCGUCUCAAAGACAUCAGUAGCCUGGAAUUUGCUGAAAAUAAAGCAAAGACCAGACUGUCCCUGAUUCGUAGAUCAAUGGGAAAGGGGCGUAUCCAUCGAGGAAACUAUCCAAGUCCAUCCUCCCCUGUUAUAGUCCGAUUGCCUUCCAUGUCCGAUGUCCCAGAAGAGACCCUGACUAGUGACACAGCCAUGGAAACUGACAUCACAGACCAGCAGCAAGCGGCAAUGCAGCAGGAGGAAAAAGUGCUGACUGAGCAGAUUGAGAACCUACAGAAAGAAAAGGAAGAACUAACAUUUGAGAUGCUUGUAUUGGAACCUCGUGCCUCUGAUGAUGAAACCCUUGAGUCUGAGGCUUCUAUUGGGACUGCUGAUAGCUCGGAAAAUUUGAAUAUGGAUUCUGAAGAGAGAAGUUUUGCACUUAGCUCCCUGAAAGCAGCUGGCAAGUCUGAGCCUUCAAGCAAGUUGCGAAAGCAGCUAAGAAAGCAGCCAGACUCUUUGGACUCAGUCAGCUCCUCCAUUUCUCCAUGUCUGUCAAACACUACAUCAUCUCAUGGCACUAGAAAGCGAUUUCAGAUUUAUUCCAAGUCUCCAUUUUACCGAGCUGCCUCAGCUUGUGAGGCCCAGGGAACGGAAGGACCACUAGGCCAAGCCAAAUCCCUAGAAGACAGGCCUCAGUUCAUCAGCAGAGGAACCUUCAACCCUGAAAAGGGCAAACAAAAACUAAAGAAUGUGAAAAACUCACCUCAGAAAACCAAAGAGACCCCAGAGGGGACAGUCACAUCUGGCCGAAAGAAAACUGUGGACUCAGACUGCAGCUCCACACAGCAACUACCACUGUUUGGAAAUAAUGAGUUUAUGGUCUAAACGGACAGAUGUGUCCCCACAUCUCAUCUUCGGGGCCUCUUCUGGUCACCUUGUUUGUAACAGUCAGUCCUAAUGGUCCUGCCUUGUUUCAGCAGACAGUUUGUGUGCUGGAUCACUGGGCUUCUGGCAGAAGUGGCCUCUUAGAGUUUGCUAGGGAUGGGCCAGCUGUGCCUUGGCUGCUGUAUUUGAUUUGAGAUUCCACUAAACAAAGCCCCCUGGGACCUGGGGUAUUUUGGCCAACAGUAGUUGCCUCUUGCCCACCUUCCUUUUCCUUCCCACAGAUAGUUGUUGAACUAGGGGGCUAUUGUGAUCCUGAGGGAUGCUGUCAUUUAUAGCAUUUUAAAAAAAACAUACAAAUCUCUGUUAACCAUGAAGGCAAAAGCUUUCGAGUUUGUAUUGGAAUAGUUAGGAACUGGGAUAGAAUAUAAAGAUUUCCCCAAGGAUUUAUAAGCAAAAUGCCUAAGCCCUCUAUUUUAAAUUUAAGUACAAAAUACUCGGUUAUAUUUUGGAAACAUGAACUGAUUUCCAUUAAGCCCAGAGUGUCUCAGCUAUCUGGUCACAUUGUGAAGAGGCCAUGCGUUGUCUCUUGUUGAUAUUUGGUAUUAUAAUCAGUGCUGGUUUAACUCCUGGUUAGUUCCUGCCAAAUAUAUUUCCUGGGAUAAGGUUCAGGUAGCCAUACUGUACUAGUAUGCCCUGAUUGUUAGAUCAGACUCCCCUAGGUUUUUGUUUGUUUAUAAUAUGUCACAGACACAUUUAGUUCCUAAAUGUGAAGGCAUCAUCCUGAUUGAUCCAGGCUUUUCUUUUUGUAUAGACUUAAACUGAAGACUGUAUCCGAGCCUGUUCAUCUGCUGGUGGAGUACCACCAUAGAUGUGACCAUGUCAUCACUUCUCUACGAGUACUCACAUACAACUUUGCAUGAGUGUUAUAGAAAAAGCUGCCAAAAGAAGCUUAGAAAGUUUUAAUAUGAUCUAUUUAAUUUUUGUCUUCUUUUUCUCAGACCAUCAGUAUUAGAUAAAAAAAAAAAUAUCAAGGACUACUUGAAGCUAUUUUUGUUAAUGUUCUUGUUCCUGAAGUUUACUGUAAAUACACAUGUAUAGUAUGCCUAGUUCUUUUUAACCUUGUGCUCCCCUUAUUCCCGUGGAGUUUCUUCCUACAGAUAAGAGGCCAUUAGACAGGUGGUGAGAGCCACUUACCCCUGGGGUGAGGGAGAAGUAAGGCAUCUUUUCAUCACUGGUAGUUUCCAUAAGUUAUAAUGUCGGAAGCAUCAUGUACUAGCAAUUGUGGGAAUAGAACUCUGUUUUUGCUAUUUAUAAUGUUAUGUGAAGUGAGACAUGAUACCAUUUCUUAAGUAUGUGAAAUGUUUAUUUUUAAAGUCACUAAAUACAUUUUGUCUAACUACCACAUGCACUGUUACAAAAAGAGCUUUUUACCAUCUAUAACCUGAAUUUUAGUUUUCUUCUUCUUCUUUUUUUUUUUUUUUUUGGUUUGAAGUUAUGAGAAUAGAAGUCUUUUGUUAAGGCAAGGUCUCUCCUCCUACACAACACUGCACCUCAUGCCACUGUUGCAGUGGUCAUUGGCCGGCUCUGCAGAUGAGGAGACUUGUAGCAGUAUUUUGCACAGCAGCUCAUGGUGGCUGGAGUCUUCCCUCUCCCUGGUAUGUGUUCAGCGUUGAGACACAUGAAGGAAGCUUUGAAAACCUCCCCAAUGAUGACGGUCAUUCAGUAAAGGUUAACUUUUAUAUCCCUCAAGCAUUAACAAGAAGUUUGGGAACUGUUGUAAAGGAAGCCAGCGUGGCUGUGAUACGGUGGGUGCUGCUUUGGGCCUUUACGGCUACACAGUCUGUUUUAUGAUUUGGGGAAAGUAGCUGCUACUGGGUGGUAACUGUUGCUCUCCACUUGGCUCAGAACAGGUUCCUUUGUUUCAGAGGAAUGUCCUGGAACCCAGCACUUGACACACAUUCUCCCACCUAAAGUUUUACGCUCUUUUUUUUUUUUUUUUAAUUUCUAUAAAGUAAAUUUGGGGCUGAAGAAAAAAAAAACUACCUACAUAGGUCACUUUGUAGGAACUAGGUAAUCAAUAUUAAAGACUUUAUAAUUUUUCUCAGGGACCUAAAACCUGAAUUUGAAUAAAAUUAAAUAAAAACUUUUUUUUUCAGUUGCUAGAUUUGUGGAUUUUUUAAAAUCAUUUAACAAGCCGUCAGGAUGGGGUGGGGGAAAUCCACACAGUCGUAAGACUGUCUCGGCAAAGUGUAGGUACUAUUGGUCUGAUAGAGACGAAGCCAUAACUCAGUAGUGUCAGGUGUUCUGCUCCAUUGGUUCUUAUCAGAGCCUCUAAGUCACCACAUAGCAACACUGCAGUCACUCAUGAUACAGAGCCACAUCCGGCUCACUAUUAAGGCUGUCUGGCUGCCUUUCUUCAAUCUUAAAAUGCACCAAAAGACACUCUGUGGCAGCAGCAGAAUGCUCACCUGUGGAACCUGUGCUACGAACUUCAGAGCAUUCUAGUUACAGCACAUACUUCUAGUCCACAGUAACUCCUACAUUGUUUUUCUUACCCAUUUAAUGUGUCUGUAGCUGUGUAUCAUAGAAAAUGUAGCAGAAGCAAUACAUUUUGCACCACAGAUUGAAGCAAAUUACAGCAAAUGCAGGCAGGAUUCAGGGAGGUGACGUGCUUAGUUUGCACAUAUUUGUACUUCCUGCCAUUUCCAUUGUCUGACCAUUCUGGGUCAUAGACACAAAUGGAGAUGUGAGUGUUGCUAAGAGAGACAAACGGAUGUGAGUUCAGGGCACAGGUCACUAGGGCCAACUCUCAGGCUUUGGAAACCUGUCACUCUUACCUUGCAUAGAGUGUGAAGGCUAUUCUGUGUCUCUCAGGCAGAGACAGUGCCACAGAAGUGUGCUGACAUGAGGUGACACAUCAAGGUUGUAUUGUCCCACCUUUAUGCCUGUGAGGUGUGUUUUAAACUGUAACUAAUAAGCUAGAGUGUAGGAAGGAUUCUCAGGUGUGUGAAGUUGAGAGUUUUAACUAGAGAAAGAAGUUGUCCAAAUUUUUGGUGGGGAAAUAGAUGUGGACCCUGCAUUCUUCUAUGUUGAAUGGUGUGUUAUAUGCACCCACACACUUGUGAUAACUUCCCAGCACUGUGCCCCAACACCAUGCUGGCCUUAGUAGUAAAACUUUUAGAUAUUUGUAGAAGACCUGACUUUGUGUAUCCCUAGGAGACCACAUUUCUCUGGAACAUUCUCACACUUUCGGUGUUAAGUGGGUAAUCUCCAGUGUAUUAGAUCUUACUGAUCUCCUGGCUUAAACUUCAAAAAAAGCCCUAGCAAUGGGUUGGUCACCUUGUCACCCAUCCACUCUUAAUGCCUAUUUAUCAGCCUUCUUAGGUCACAGAAGAGUUGCACCUCUUGAACCAAGUAUUUGUAUUCACUACGGGAAAGGUGUGGACUACAGAUUAGUAUUAUAUUAUUUUAAUGGAUUCAAAGUAAUUUAUAAGUAUGGUGAGUGUAAAAUUCUGAAAUACUGUGUAUUAUAAAAGGACACAUCCUGUGAAGUAUGCCAGUUUACUGUUUAAGAGUUCUAUAAGAAUGACUUAUUCACAGAACUGACUACAUUCCUAAUGAAAUCAGCAGCACUUUGUAAUUUCAUUUUUUUUUUUUGAAGGGGGCAAAACAUUUGUAUAAAGUGCAGUUUGCGUCACUUGGAGUAUGCACUGUAUAGCUACACAAAAGCAGCCUGCUGAACAAAUCACUCCACGGCUCAUUAAAGAACAAAGCUUCCAGAAGUC